CUACAAGAUCUGCCGCCGCCCCCCCCCCCCAUUCUUACUUAGUUUGCGCCACCAUGGCGUCUCCGGCAGUCAAGAAAGCAAUCGCUGAAGCGGCUGCUCAAUACGCAAAGCCAGAAGGGAGGAUUUUUCAGUAUGGUACUGCAGGAUUCCGUAUGAAGGCCGACCUUCUCAACACUGUUGUUUUCGCCGUCGGUUUGCUUGCGGGCCUUCGUUCUAGGAAGCUUAGUGGACAAUGGGUGGGUGUCAUGGUCACUGCCAGUCACAACCCUGCAGAGGACAAUGGCGUCAAGCUCGUCGACCCCAUGGGUGAAAUGUUGGAGGCUGAAUGGGAGACCUAUGCGACAAGACUCGCCAACGCUCCGCUUGACAAGGUCGGAGAUGUUUAUGAAGAGCUUAUUAAGGAAAUCGAUGUUAGCAUGGAGAACCAGGCUCGCGUGGUUUUCGCUCGUGACACCCGCGCCUCUGGCUCCCGUCUUGUCUCAGUUCUCAACGCCGCACUUACCGCUACGGAAGUCGAAUUCCUUGACCUGAAGUACAUGACUACCCCCCAGCUUCACUAUGUCGUUCGGUGCAAGAAUACGCUGGGAACGCAGUAUGAAUACGGCGAGCCCACUGAGCAGGGCUACUAUGAGAAGCUUGCUGAGGCUUUCAAGAGAGUGAUGCGGGGCAUUAAGGUCAGGGGUUCUUUGACCGUUGACUGUGCCAAUGGUGUUGGUGGCCCCAAACUCAGGGAACUUAUCAAGUACCUGCCCACUGCGGAGGAGGGCGGUCUUGACAUCAAGAUCGUCAACGACGACGUUAUCAACCCCGAUAGCCUCAAUUUCGAGUGUGGCGCCGAUUAUGUCAAGACGAAGCAACGCGCUCCUCCGUCGUCCAAGGCCGGUCCCCUGGAGCGCUGUGCCUCAUUGGAUGGUGAUGCCGACCGCAUCGUUUACUAUUUCGUUGAUGAGGGCAACGUCUUCAGGCUGCUCGAUGGCGAUCGCAUUGCCACUCUUGCUGCGUCUUUUAUUGGCGAUCUUGCUCGCAGCGCUGGAAUCGCGCAGAAACUCAAGAUCGGAGUCGUACAAACUGCCUAUGCCAACGGAUCUAGCACUGACUACAUUGAGAAGGUGCUGAAGCUUCCCUCCAUUUGCACCAACACCGGUGUCAAGCACCUUCACCACGCCGCUUUGCGGUUUGAUGUUGGUGUCUACUUUGAGGCAAACGGACAUGGUACGAUUACCUUCUCCGAGAAUGCUCUGAAGACGAUCAAGAAUACGGAGCCUCAGUCUCCCGCCCAGCAGCGCUCGCUCGAGUGCCUCCAGGGUCUGACGGAUCUGAUCAACCAGGCCGUUGGUGACGCCAUUUCUGACAUGCUUCUGGUUGAGGCUAUUCUGUCUCACAAGGGUUGGAGUCCCAAGGAGUGGCUCGCAACUUACACCGAUCUGCCCUCGCGCCUUGUCCGUGUCGAGGUUGCGGAUCGCGGAAUCUUCAAGGCCUACGACGCUGAGCGUAAGCUUGAGUCGCCGCCAGGUCUGCAGGCUGAGAUUGAGUCUCUGCAGUCCCGUUACAACAAGGGAAGGAGUUUCGCUCGUGCCAGUGGCACGGAAGAUGCCGUGCGUGUUUACGCUGAGGCAGCGAGCCGUUCCGAGGCUGAUGAUCUCGCCACUCGUGUUGCCAACGCUGUUCGUGAAGCUGGUGCCGCCAAGGAGCCCUCGUCCUAGACUACCUUCGGGCUUCUACCGGCAAGGGUCGAGGGCAUAUUGUCUAUCCAUGUUUGGCUCAUGCGGGUAGCUGGUUCAAAAACAGCAUUGAAUCUGGACGCGCAGUGCAGACUUGCUGUAGAAAACCGAGUUCUGGGGUUUCCUGGGAACUUUGAUGAAUGAACUCAUGAUCUUAAUCUAAUCUACACAUAAGCAGAGAAAAUUUGCAUUUCGGUUUGUGCAUUUGAUAGUGCCUUUCUAUGUGACACUGCAAGAUAUGCAGACAUCAUCCAUUUCGGCCCUACGCUUGCUCCUCUUCUCCUGUUGCAUUCACCCUUAUCAUGUAGCCAUGCGAUGCGAUGUUCCCGUCAUUUUAUAGAUCGAAU